CGGAGGAUCCCAAACCCAAAGUCAAAGGCGCUCUCCUCGCCCGCGGCCAUCUCCAGCUCUGACGGCGACGCCGUCGAUCGAUCUCUUCACCCGCAUUAAUUUAAUGGCGAUAAGAAGCACAAGCAGCUUCUUCCCCACACGGCCACACCCCCAGACAUGGUCGCUGCUGUCUAGAGAUUGAGGCUCUGCCAACGCCGGUACUACAAAAUCCCAUCCCCAUUCUUUGGGGGCGGGGCAGAGUGAGAGGCAGGCAGGGGAGUAAGAAGACCAAGAAACAGAGGAGCUUUCUUGGCUCUUGCCUAGCCUAGCUGCGGGGGAGGAAGGGGGCCAUGGAGGUGGUGGCGGAGGCCGGCGCGCAGCAGCCGUGGGACCAGUUCAAGGAGGAAGUGGAGAUCAUGGAGGAGCAAAACGGCGGCGGCGGCGCUGAUGCGGUGGAGGAGCUGCUGACCAGGGAGAUCAGGAGGAGGCUGGACCACGCCCACGGCAGCAGCAAUGGCGACGGCAACCACCACGCCAGUGGCGGAGACGAGGAAGAAGAAGACGACGCCAGUGGCGGAGACGAGGAGGACCACGCCAAUGGCGGGGGAGAAGAAGAAGCGGUGGUGGAGGAGGAGGAGGUCAAGGUCGAGGAGCAGCAGCAGCGGCACAAGAGCAUCGUCUUCGAUCCAGCCAAAGGGCUAUGGAAGUGCCGGCACUGCGAUUGGACGUACCGCUUGGCUAGUCCUUGCGAAGAUGGUAUCCUGAACCAUCAGGGCUAUCGCCACCAGAUCGAAUGGAAUCCCAAAUCGUUAGUUCACAAAGAACCGUUUUACGGUUCGCUGAACAGAGUCCCAGAUAUCAUUACUGAAGUAAGUGCCAGAUAUCUGGUCACGGGAACGAUGCGAUCUGGUGCUGAAAAGGAAGACUCAAAUGGGACUUUGACUCCAAAACGCAAAGGGCUUGAAGCACAUGAAAAUGGCAAUGGUGAAAUUAAUCAUGGUCCAAGCAACGGCAAGUUAGAAAAUGGAUCGCACUCGAAUGGUUCACAUCAGGUCCCCAACGACGGUGAACCUAAGAUGGAAUACAUGUUUGAAAUCAACAAGACUGAAAUUUAUCCAACUGAAGUUGACAAGGACGGACAUGUCACCGAGGCUCAACCGAAGGUCGAAGAGUACGACCUCGAGAAGAUUUUGGAUCAGCAAGAAACUUAUGAACUGUUCUGUCCCAACUGCACCUCGUGCAUAACCCGGAGGGUCAUCCUGAAGAAGAGGAAAAGGACAGUAAGAACAACACCCACCGAUGAACCGUCAAAGAGACCGUAUAUUGAAGGACAGGUGCCUCCUGUUACUUUGCCUGAUAGGGUUGAGGAAGAAUCACCGGACGUAUUCAGAUGUUUGUCAUGCUUCUCCUUCUUCAUUCCAACAGGAUGCAGUUUCAACAUAUUCCGCAUAUUUGGGAGGAGAGGUGUGGACGGACAACCUGAUGUUCUGCCUCCUCCUGCAUCAGAGGACACGCCUCCUCGCUCUGAAAAUUGCACAAGCUGGCUUCUGUCUUGUUUCCAGACAGGAGAUAGCCCAUACCAACCUCAUCCUGCUGAUCCAAUGACGGUGCCACUGCUGCCCGGGAACACAACCACAGUAACUGAAUCUCAAUCUAGCACAUCACAUGUUUAUCAUAGUCAAGGCACAGUUGUAAAACCAGAGCAUCCGACAGUCGAAUCACCUUCGGAGAACCAAGCUGAUCCUGCAGAUUCACCAAGGACUCCAUCGUUACCUGGUAUGGCGACUCCCGGUGGUGUAACCACAACGACAACUGAAACCAACGAAUCACAUGUUCAGCAUAGUCAUGGCACACAGCAGUUGACAGUUGACUCAUCUUCCCAACAUCAGAAAACCACCACUACAGUUGAAGACAACGAGACUACAACUACAGUCACAUCAGAAAAGAAUACCACAUCUUCUAAAAGCACAACAGGAGCACCUAGCGCAUCACCUCAAACAUCAUCCUCUACAGAAUAUUUCAAGCAAGACGUAUCCGAAGUGGUGACCGGUAAAAUGCCUUCUGGUGGAGCUAUCAUGGAUCCAACUCACCCCCAAAUUAGCUACAAAGAUACUCACGGAACUUCAGAGAAUAGCUCAUUUCCCAGCUAUGCAAUUCACACACCAGACUUCAAGUUCGAUAGCCCCAUUGCGACAAAUGUCACACAAGGUUUCACCCCGAGGGGCGAUAUACCAACUUCGUCGAAUCCUCAACCAGCAAACCCAGAUCAUGUUGUGGUGCCAGUCUUGGGAGGUGUGAAUCAGGUUGCUCCUAGACAGCAACAGAGGGAUGAUUGGGAUAUACUGAAAGCGAUAGUGUAUGGAGGCUUAGUGGAGUCAGUCACCAGCCUCUCCGUUGUUUCGGCAGCAGCGUCAAGCGGCGCCAAAACAUUGGACAUAUUCAUCCUGGGAAUAGCCAACCUUAUUGGAGGCCUUCCUCUCAUUUUCCACAAUAUCGCUGAUCUGAGAGACAUCCGAGACGUGGACGGGAACGACGAGCAGGUCGGCCACUACUGGCUGCAGCUCGGGAAGCGGUCGAAAGCCCGGCUCCACAUGGUCAUGGCCCUGCUCUCAUACAUGGUGUUCGGGCUGCUCCCGCCGGUCCUCUACGGGUUGUCGUUCCGCGAGAGCAACGACCGGGAGAACAAGAUGAUGGCGGUCGCUGGUGCUUCGCUCGCCUGCAUCGCUCUGCUGGCGCUCGGAAAGGCACACGUCCACACCAGGACCUACUUCAAGACCCUCAUGUACUACCUGAUGAUCGCCGUGAGCUCAUCGGGUCUGUCGUACGUCGCCGGCGUGCUGAUCACGCGGCUACUGGUGCAGUACGGAAUCAUUGAGCAAGGCGGCUCGGCUCGUGCUCCUCCCGGGCUGUCGUCGCGGUUCGCUUAUGCUGCUGGUGCAGAGUCGUCUGCAUGGGCCUCAUUCUGAAAAGUCUGAAGUUCCUUGGAGCACGUCCUGGUGGUAUAAAAAGGGAAGAAAUGAGCGAGCUCGAGAGAAAGUGCCUGCAACUGCACGAAGAAACAUCUGAAGGCUCUUUGAGUUGCUGCUACCUGCUAGCUGUUUUGUUGUAGUUUUGGUGUACACUUGAAGCUUUGAUGCUUCUCAUGGUACUCUGGUGAUCUUUGUCAGCAUGUUUUUGAGCAGGAAGAACAAGAAGUUCAGUGUCACAUACUCUGAAAAUAUGCCAUGUUUUAA